ACCAGCACCAACUCUCCACUUCGCUCUGAAGCCAUCUUCUGCUCUCAUUCCCACCCCAUCAAUUCCACUGCUCUAACAGCCAUGAAGCUUGCCGGCAUCGCCCUCAUUGCUGCUGCCUUUUCUGGUGUGCGGGCAGAUUGUAAAACCGACGACUCAGCCGCUAGCUGGCCUCUCAAUGUUGAGUACCUUGAAGAGCUUGUCGCCCGACUGUGCAUGUACAGGCUCGGCGGCGGCUUCGACAAAGGCGACAUCAAGUUCGCAUGCGAGCCCAUCGCCGGCAAAACCAAGCUCGAAAGAAUGACCUGGGCUAUUUUCCAAGUCACGUAUAACGGCGACGAUCCUUAUGGGCGCGUGUCGCCCGCGGAAUGCAGCACGAUGCUCACACGGGAGGUUACAGGAUGCGAGCAUGGCGGCCACACGUCGCUCCGGGGCUGGGAAUACAGGGCCAUGCCCCAGCACACCGAUUGCUCGAACGAGGUUGGAGGCACCCCGUCUUGA